CAGCUGAACUGAAGGUUGUUUUUUUUAAGCCACAUAUUAGACAAGCAUCUGAGGAGGCAGUGCUUACUGCCUCUGUGCUGAGUGGGCCAGCAGGAGGAUGCAACAGCAGGGGGUUAGCUCAUAGAGAGACCACAGUGAUACAUUUUAUUUUAGGAGUCAGGAGGCAAAGAAAAGUGACAGAAAAGGACAAGUUGUUCUAUUUAUUUUUUUGUCUGUGGCAUAUAGAUUCCAGCAGGCUAAAAAGGGAGGAAAAGAAAAAUAAAUAAAUGGAAGCUGUCUGAAAAGAGAAAUUGUGGGACCAAUGGCUUGAAAGGGUUGGAAUAUAUAAUAAAACAGCCACAGGCAGUGCCUUCCUGGCAGGAGCAUCUUGCUUGUCCUUGUUGCACAACUAGCUUCUUCUGCCUUCCCUCAGGGCUGCCAGGGGGGGUGCCAGGCUUUCGGUGGGGGAUACUGGAACUGGAGAGAAGGGGAACAGACAAUUAGGGAGGGGGAGAGCAAGAGAGGGUGUCAUCCAGAGGAGCAGAGACAUGAGAGGGGCUGGAAAAAGAUGCAGUGGGGCAGGACUACUGUCGGCAUGGUAACGACUCAAGCUUCCUCUGGAGCAGCGGCCACUCUGGUCCUGCCAGCGCUGAACGAAAAAGCAAGUUGAAGCCAGCGGAGGCACUUUGGACUGAAAGCAGUGAAGCUUGGAAAUGACAUGAGCAGGAAAUGUAGAAGAAAAGGGAUAAAAAAGGCUCCGUUAACAGUUGCUGUUUCUUUCUCAUUUUUUUACUUCCUAAAAAAUCAAGCUAUGAGACUUUUUUUUCUUCCUUACUGAUUCCAUCUGUGUAGCUUCUGUCACAUUGCGUCUGCAAUACAGGAAUCAUCCAAGCAGCAGCAACAGCGGCAGUAUCUAGAGUGUGUACUUAUGCGUAUAUAAUUGGAAAGGUUUGCUUACACUGAGCAGGCAGUGCACUAUGUCAGCGAAAGGAGACCAGAAGGACUAAACUUUAAGAUGUUUGGUCAUCUGUGGAAGCAGGAAGAAAGUAUGUUCCUCAGCAGAGAUGCGUAAGGAAAAUUUUCUGAUUACAGACUCUACUGUUUCUGAUACUGAAAGUUUGCUGCAAGCUACGCUUGGCACCUAGUUUUGAAUACACGUGUUGGGGCAUUUUUUCUUUGUUUGCCACGCGGUGCUUCAUGUGGGGCCCCAACUUGCAGUCUUUGCUGGGAGAUGUCUUUUCUACUGCUCUAGUGACGCUGUGGGGAGCCAUGACAUCAGAGGGGUUGCAAGAGAGGAGACCUCCCAGCGGCCACAAAAAGUCACCCAAGAAGGAGAGGAGAAAACCCCCAAGAGGAGUUAAACAACUGACACUGGCCUUCAUCACUCAGACCAGGCUGCACGGGAUCAAAUACAUCUACUCCCGAAGUUUGUCUUUCCAGCAUCGUGCCCUCUGGUUCUUGGCUUUCUGCACCUCGCUGGGCUUUCUUCUUUCCUGGUCUUCAAAUCGUUUUCUCUAUUGGCUUUCGUUUCCCACGCACACGAAGUUCCACAUGGAAUGGGCGAAGGAACUGCCGUUCCCCGCCAUUACCAUUUGCAACAACAACCCUAUACGCUUCUACAAGUUGACUAAGAGUGACCUGUACUUUGCCGGUCACUGGCUCGGCCUUUUACUGGCCAACAGAACGGCAAGGCCCAUCAUUCUGGAGCUCCUUCGGGAUGACCACCAAAAAUGGUUCCAGAAGUUGUCAGAUUUCCAUCUCUUCCUCCCCCCCCGCAAUUUCGAGGGCACCAAUCUGGAAUUUAUGGAUCGUCUAGGGCACCAGUUGGAUGAUAUGUUGCUUUCCUGUAAAUACCGAGGGGAGAUAUGUGGACCACAAAACUUCUCAUCUGUUUUUACAAGGUAUGGGAAAUGCUACAUGUUCAACUCUGGAGAAGAUGGAAAGGCAUUGCACACAACAGUGAAAGGAGGCACUGGGAAUGGCUUAGAGAUCAUGUUGGAUAUACAACAAGAUGAAUAUCUCCCUGUCUGGGGAGAAACAGAAGAGACAACUUUUGAAGCUGGGGUGAGAGUUCAAAUCCACAGUCAGGCAGAACCUCCCUUUGUUCAUGAACUGGGAUUUGGAGUAGCUCCAGGAUUCCAGACCUUCGUAUCCACACAGGAGCAAAGACUCACAUAUCUGCCUCCGCCCUGGGGUGACUGUCAGUCCAGUCCCCUGGAUUCAGGUUUUUACCAGGUCUACAGCAUUACUGCCUGCAGAAUUGAGUGUGAAACCAAAUAUAUUGUGGAGAACUGCAACUGCAAGAUGGUACAUAUGCCAGGUGACGCUCCUUUCUGUACACCUGAGCAAUAUAAAGAAUGUGCCGAGCCAGCGUUAGCAACUCUUUCAGAGAAGGAUAAUAACAACUGCAUCUGCCGCACCCCUUGCAACAUGACCAGGUACAACAAGGAAUUGUCCAUGGUGAAGAUUCCAAGCAAAACCUCUGCCAGAUACCUGGAGAAGAAGUUCAACAAGUCUGAAAAAUACAUCUCAGAUAACAUCUUGGUCCUGGAUGUGUUUUUUGAAGCUCUGAACUAUGAAACCAUAGAGCAAAAAAAGGCAUAUGAAGUUGCAGGUUUGCUGGGUGAUAUCGGAGGUCAGAUGGGCCUGUUUAUUGGUGCUAGCAUUCUAACAAUACUGGAACUGUUUGACUAUUUGUAUGAGGUUCUGAGAGACAGACUGCUGGACUUUCUCAGCAAAGAAGAGGAAGAAGGAAGUCAUGACGAGAAUGUGAGUACUUGUGAUCCUGUGCCAAAUCACUCAGAAGCCAUCAGCCACACAGUAAGCGUGCCACUCCAGACAACCCUUGGAACCUUGGAAGAGAUAGCAUGCUAACCCAUGGGGAAAAGACUGUUUUCAAUAAUCUAAGAUAUUGUUAUAGAGACUAAAGGAAUGGAACAUCACAGAUUCCAGUUUCGCAAGAUGCAGUACAAUGCUUUAAAUACAAAAAAAAAUGCAGAUAAUUAAUCGUUGGUCUCGCUGGUACAGCACAUUGGAAAUGGACUGGCCUUUUGAAUUACAGUAUGUGCAGAGCAAACCUUGGAGCUGUCUGAUGACUUCUCUCCUCCUCUUCUUCCUCUUCUCCUUUGAAGACUGUUCAAAGAUCUGUUUCACGUACUGUACAAAAAAAAGAGAAAAGAAAACAUAUCUCUAUAAAUAUAUGUAUAUGAGUCACUCUUAUUUACAUCUACUGCCAAAAUGUUAAACGACUAUAUGACAAAGCUCUACCACUUGCAUGUCAAUACUUUGGAUACUGUUCUUUUUCUAUGACAAGACUGUGUAUAGCUAACUAUGCUGUGAUUCUGUUGACCACUUGCCAGUUUGGCAGCAAAAACAGGUGGAACCUGGCAAAGGUCAUCUUGUUAUGGCUGCUGUCUGACAUGUUUUCCAUUCUGUACAGCUUUCCUUGUCAAUUAAACAAUGUGUGUGGUGAACGUUA